UGGAGAAAAGACAAAAUUGAACCAAGAAAAAACAUUUCCUAAAACACAUUAAGCUGAACUGUGAUUUAUUUGAUUACUUAACAGAAUCAACAGACUUCUUUGAAGACGGAGACAUAUCCAGGUUUCGACGUAUGCCUUGUAUGGCACACACACUUCAGCUUGCAUUGAAAGAUGCCAUGAAACAAUCAGGAGCCAGUUCUGCUGUUAACAAAGCCAGGAACCUUAUUCAUUCUGUCAGGAAAUCUUCGGUAGCAAAUGAGCAAAUGAUUAAAAGGUGUGGCCGAACACUGAUUCGUGACUGCCCCACACGGUGGAACAGUACACUUGACAUGCUGAAGCGACUUCUGGAAACUAAAGCUACACUUAAUGAGGUUCUUGAUGAACUCGGGAUAGAUACACUGUUGACCAGUGAUUGGGCCAAGUUGGAAAACCAACUUAAAGUAUUGGAGCCAUUUGGCAUGCACACAGAUCAGCUUCAAACAGAUAGCCAGUCUCUGUCAGAGGUGAUACCUUCCCUGCUAAACCUGGAGGCACAUCUCCAGUCAACUAGUGGAGAGAAAAAUUUGGCACAAGCUCUUCUCAAGUGUUUGCGCCAACGUUUUACAUGUCUGUUAGAUCCCAUUAGUGACUAAUUUGAUCCAGUCCCUGCAGCCGCAUGUCUAAUGGAUCCAACUGUCUCUCUAACCCUACAGUCUCCUGAACUAAUAUCUUUGAAAAGAACAGCAGAGUUAUUUGUAUUGACCGAGGCAGCGAAACACAAUCACACCAUAGAAGCACAACAAGAUGAGUCUACACAAACAGUAGCCGUUUCAGCAAACAUUACAGUCCUUCAGAAAUACAAGUACUUGGCUAAUAAAAUAAAUAGCUUAAACCCUGAAAACCAGCCUAGGCCAUCUGAAAGUGCUCCACUUGAAAUGCAGAAAUAUCAGGAGGAGGUUAGGCAGGGGGAUUUUACUGGAAAUCCUCUUCAGUUCUGGCAAGCCAGGGUGGCUGUGUAUCCUAAACUUAGCCCUGUGGCUUUGGACCUUGUGUGUGCCCCGGCCUCACAAGCAUUUGUUUAACGCAUAUUUUCAGUUUGUGGACAGUUGUCAUCUAGAUUGCGAAACAGAAUGACCAUUUCUCUAGAGCACAGAGUUUUCUUGAAAAUUAACAGAAAGAUGUAUAAUUGAAUCAGUCAGGCUGUUUUGUAUCACUGUUAUGGUGGGGCUUUAGUAAAUUGUGCAAAGGAGAAAGAAGCAUUUGUUGUUUCAAUUAUACCAUUUAAAUUAGGAUUACUAUUUUGCAUGCAAAACUGCAGUGUGUUCCACAGUCAGUUCAAAUUCAGUA